AACAAGUGAACUAGUUCCUAGUGCCGCCAUUUUCUUGAACUAGGGUUUCUCCAUAAAAGCACACCUUUGGCUAUAUCCAUCUGGAUUUGUCUAUUUGAAACUGUUGGAUAUCAUACCUAAAUACUCGUUUGCAACAUUUGUCCAAAAGAAUCAUCAUGUCUACAGAUGUCUUGCCCCAGCAGCCUACGCAGCUGUCUGCUGUUGAAGCGCACAACAAGUUUGUUGUGACGACUCUACGUCGCGAUCGUGAGAUCAAGGAGCAAAAGCUUGCCGCUCAAAGGCGGAUGGGAGCCUUCCAAGAGGAAGAAGUAAGCAUUUUUGAAGGCAACCUUAAAGAAGCCCGACAGCUGUAUGAACAACAACUUAUCGAACAACGCCUGGUGCAAGACCGACAACGGGAAGCCGCCGCAGAUCUCAUCUCCUGCGAAACUCGCAAAAGAGAACUCAUCGCCAUGGUAUCGAAAAUCGCCGCCUUCAAAGCACACGCUACCCAGCAAGACCAGGCAAGGGAACGCGAGCUCGAUUUCCGUGCCAAACAGAAACAGAAACGCGAAGCAUUCGAGAAGCGUACCAAGACCAUCCAAGUAUCGCAAGUAACGGAAAGGAGCGAGUUGAUCAAAACCCAGGAGCGUGUUGCGAGAAACUUGAAAAUGAUUCACGCCCUCGAAAUGAGGGGGUUAGGGGAGAUGGAGUUACGGGGUCGGGCUCAGGAAUAUGAGUUGCAAUAUCAGCAAUUGGCUAUGAGGCAGCAAAAGGAAGCGGAACAGUUGAGAGAGUUGCAGCUCAUCAAACUCCGGCACAUGUCUGAGCAAAUGGAACUCGAUCUCCUUUCUUCCAGCGACCUCGAAGACCUUCUCGCCGAGCAAACCCUCAGAGAAAACGCCCUGGUCGCGAAUCAAACCCUUGAACGCAGCAGCGAAGCCGCCAAACUUGACCGCCAACAGGCCCAGCUCAAAGCUCUCCAACUCAAAGAAGAGCAAAAAACCGCUCAAGCCCAAUUGCUUUCUUAUCAGAAUCGGCAGCGGAGGGGGCUCGACCGGAAUCAAAAGGCGAGUGCGAGAAUCCGGGAGCGAGCAGUCAUUGAUGAGACAUCAGCCAUGAUGGCCGAAGUCGGCAACAGUUUCCAUCAAAAGCAAGAACGAGAUGUGGACAACCAAUCCUCCUUUGCGGGUACCUCAGAGGUAGAUACGUCCGACGUAGUCUCCUCCACGGACGGUGGUAACGUGGAGCACAUGGAACACGAACUAGACGAAUCCGAAAUCCAGGCCAUUGUCCAGGGAUCCGAAGCCGACCGCAAACGAAAACAGCGUUCAAACAAAGACGCUGCCACCGAGCUUCUUGAGGCCCUCCAAAAAGGCCAGGAAAGACUCACAAAACUCGAAGCGCACCACAAGGAGCUCUACGAAUCCCUCAAAUUGCAACAUAAGGACCAACGGGACCAAAAAGUUCGCGAGCUCAAACGCAAACAAGCAAGCCUUCUAAAAGAGCAAGAAGAAGAAGUUCAAACCAUUCGAGCAGAACAAGCAACCGAUAUGGAAGAACUGUUUGACAUGAUUAAAAAGUACCAGGAGCUCCACGCUGAGCAAACCGCGCUCAUCAAUGCACAUAAAGCCGAGCCCGAGAUAUCCACCAUGAAACUUGCAGGAAACACCAUGCCUCCUCACUUUGCCUCUCUUCUCAAAGCCGGCCAGACACCCGCCCCAACCACCUACGAUAACGCCGUAACCAUCCGAACCGCCCUCGCAGGACCUACCCAAUACACUGCCAAACAAAUGAUCCAGCUUCUCCAAAGACUCUACGCCAUCUUUGACGACAUUAUCGCCAAAUGCGAAGGAGUCUACCAGGUUGAAAGUGUUGCAGAUGGCUAUAUCCUGUGCGUUGGCUUAACCGAUACCCCUCCAUCCCCUUCGCAAAUCACCGAGGCAAUUUCCACAGCUAUCACCUGCGCCCAACAACUCACACAAGCAACGGCAACCCUCUCUAGAUCCGAUCUGGGAAUCCAAGAAUCCAUUAACCUUAAGAUCGGUAUCCACUGUGGUAAAGUUAAAGCCGGCUUUGUGGGCUUUCGUGUCCCCCAUUUUCGCGUGUUGGGCGACACGGUGGACAAAGCUUCUCGGUUGUGUGCUGGGGCCCAGAAGGGUGGAAUCCUGGUUUCGAAUGAAGUAGAGAGUCUGGUUGGGGACCGGUUCAAGUUCCAGAAAAAUGACGGGGGGGAUGGGUUUUGGGUGUUGGAAAGUGUAGAGUGAGAGCUGGCAGGGUAAAAGUUUGAUGACCUUUGAGAUAGG